AUGGUGCUCCGAUCAAAGGUCGAGGACAGGUAUCUGCAUUACAUUUGGGACCGCGAAAUUGCCGGCGAGAGUUACUUCGAGUGCAUGGGCACGCACCGGAACCUGGAAGCGGUGAGCCCGUUCGUGAAAUUGGAGGUGAUCCCCUCAACCACCGACCCAUCCUCCUUGGUCCACAUCCGCUGCUCUCACAACGGCAAGUACUGGCGGGUCCUCAGAAUCAACACCGUCUCCACCCUCUCCGCCACCGCCGACGCCCAGGAGGAGGACGUCUCCAGGGGAGGCGAAUGCACCCUGUUCCAGCCUGUGUUCGGCCCCGACAGCACUACUGUCUGGUUCCGUCACUUGGGGAACCGCAACCAAGUUGAGGUUUUCCGUAACAAUCAAAUCCCCCUUUUGCACCGGUUGGGUCUUUGCUACAGGGCAGUUACCGAUGCUAGGUUCUUCGAGUUCAUGGAGUGGGAAUCGAACGAGAGUAGGCUGGAGGCCGAGAAUCAGGAGCUGAGGGACAAGAUUCAGGAGCUCAAGGACAGGAUUCGGGAGCUGGAAGAUAAGGUCGCCGGUCUGGAGCUGAGGGAAGAGGAGAGGAAGGCCAAACUGGAGGAAGAGAAGCUGACGCUGCAAUCCAUGGUGGUUUCGGCUUGGGAUUCGUUCCAGCUCGACGUCAGGGCCCGAAUCGAUCCGGUUAAAGCGUAA